AUGUCGGACAAAGAUGACGACGUCUCACAGCAGUCCAACAAUCUCUACGCUGCUCUGGCCCGCACCGCGACCCGAAGCCUGGCCCUGUACUUCUCUAGACCCGUCAGACUCUUCCGGCCCUCGAAAGUCUCCGGGUGGCAUUCUCUCAGAGGUCUCGCGGACAGUCAUGGGAAAUCGCUAUCACCGCAGUAUGUCUCCUGGCUGGUGAAGGAACACGGACUGUCCGUCAUACCCAAGCAUUUCGUUCCUCCCAUCCUCGUCAACGGUCUUCUCGGUCUCGUUCUCUGGUCCACCUACACCGAAGUUUCCACGGCCCUUGAUUCACACAUGUCGAAUUAUCCAACCGCUGUCGCCGCGAUCUCUGGAGGCGUCGCUGGCGGCGCCCAGGCGCUUCUUGCGGCUCCUGCCGAGAACAUGCGCUUCGCUCUGGAGGGCACAUCUGCCGCCACGGGUUGGCACGACGCGUGGCGGGAGGUUUUCCUCAAGACCGAGCCUACUGUGCCCAUCGGUCGUUCUCAACAGCUCCACGAGGCGCGUCAAGUUCACCACUGGAUGCGCGAGGUGGGCGAGAUGGCAGGGCGCGGAUGGGAAGGAUGGGGCUGGGGGUGCAUGAAGGACAUUUGCGGCUUCGCCGUGUUCUUUUCCAUCUUCGAGAUCACACGCGGCGCUGCGGCCGACACCAAGGCUUUGACCCAAGACUACCUCACCCGUACCCGCGACGACGGCAGCGACCCCCGCGUCGGCGCGAUCCGCCGCAACGCACCGCGUGUCGCCCACGCCGUGACUCUCGUCACUGGCGGCGCCGUCGCGGGGCUCGCGUACGAGCUCGUCUCCCGGCCGUUCGACGCCGCGCGCAAGGCCGUCCACCACGACCGCCUCUCGCACCCUCCCUCCGAGAAGGGCCACUCUGCGCUCCGCGUCGUCCUCCGCCUCGCGCGCCAGGAAGGACUGAAGACGUUCUUCGCGAACCCGAACCACGUGCCGCACGACCCCGCGGUGUCCGCCGCGCGCCGCCGGCUGACGACCGCGCUGCGGACGCUUGGGCGCGUCGGGCCGUGGGGCGUCGGCUUCCUCGCGUGGGAGGCGUUCGGUCCUGGGCUGGCGUAG